AUGUCACAAGGAACGAACUCCACGGUGAGCCCGUUCUUGCGCAAUUUGUUCGAUGCGUCGCUAUAUAAGCGGUCGCAGGGUCGAGUGGCGCGACAGGUUACCUUUGCCGCGGCAGCCACGAUUUUCGCUUUAGGGGCUUACUCGCUGAGUAACUCCCUGAUCGAUCAAGAGGCUCCCGUUCGGUUUGGUUUGGCUGGCUUGGUAUUGGUGGUCGGUCUCUGGAUUUCCUACCGAGCGGUGAACUGGCCUCAGUUCGCCGAUUUUCUGAUCGCCGUCGAGGCGGAGGUCAACAAGGUAACCUGGCCGACACGCAGUGUGCUGUUUCGUAGUUCAAUCGUGGUGAUCUUCGUGAUCUUGUUCCUGGCGGGUCUGCUUUUCGCAUACGACCUGUUCUGGAGCUUGGUGCUGACGAAACUUGGAAUCAUCGGCCACUUUGGGGGGAUGAAUCUCGUGUCCGACGAACAACGUAAUAGCAUCGACCAGCCGCCCACUGGCGAGGUCUCCGUGCCGCCGGCUUCGCAAGAAGCUGAUUCGGCACCGGUCGAUGAUGCCGCUGCGUCGUCGCCGGAAUCCGAUCGCCCCGCCGAAGAGGAAGUCUCGGCCGCUGAGUCCCAGUCGCCCGAGGGUGAGCCUGUAGGGGCGUCUGAUGCAGCGUCUUCGGAUGAAGGUGUCUCUGCCGAGGGCGAGUCGGAUGUGAUCGAGCCCAUGGAGACGGUGGCCGACGAAUCGUUUGCCAUCGAAGAAGAUGCUGAGAUUGCCGACGACGACACGACGACCGGCAUGAUCGAGGAAACUCCCGAGGAGGAUGACUCGGAUCAAGAGCGAGAUUGGUACAUCCUCAAAGUGCAAAGCAAUCGGGAAGACUCGAUUCGCGAUGGCCUGAUGCGUCGCGUGAAAAUCGCCGGUCUCGAGCGGUACUUUGGCGAAGCGAUCGUGCCGAUCGAAAUGGUCACCGAGUUUAAGGGCGGAAAAAAGCGGGUGGUGAAGCGGAAGCUUUAUCCCGGCUACAUCGUCGUGAACAUGGUGAUCAACGACGAAACGUGGUUCUUGGUUCGCGAGACCCCGGGCAUUGGUGAUUUCACCGGUUCGGCGGGCAAGCCAAGUCCGAUGCUCCCGCAGGAAGUGGCCCGCAUCGUUCAGAAGGCCGAGGAGAAGGACGACGACGCACCGAAGUUGAAGAUUGGCUUCAGCGUUGGCGACCGGGUGAAGAUCAACGAAGGCACGUUCGAGAACUUCGAUGGCGAAGUCGAGGGGAUCGACGAGGCGAAUGGUCGCGUGACGGUCAUGAUCAACAUCUUCGGCCGCUCAACUCCAGUUGAGUUGGAGUACUGGCAGAUCGAGGCCACGCCUGCUCCUCCGGUGGGUACUUCGUUGGGUAAGCAUGGAAUCAACCUCGGGCAAUUCGUGCAGCAGUUUAACGACCGCACGAAGGAAGCCCGAGGAACCCCGAUUCCGGUGGUGGUCAACGUAUACAACGAUCGCAGCUUCGACUUUGUGACGAAGAGUGCUCCGGCGGCCGCUUUGUUGAAGCAGGCUGCAGGAAUCGUGAAGGGUUCCGGGGUGCCGAACAAAGAUAAGGUCGGCAGUGUUACUGCCGCACAGAUCGAAGAGAUCGUGAAGACCAAGAUGGAAGAUCUGAACGCCAUGGAUGUCGAGCACGCAAAGCGAAUGAUCGAAGGUACAGCCCGCAGUAUGGGGCUCAAGACGGCGGACAAGACGCCGGUGCCUUUGGCCGAAGCCGUCGAAAAAGUGAAGUCGUUCGAUAACACGAAGUUCGACCAAACGGUCGAAGUGGCGAUGCGACUGGGAAUCGACCCCAAGCAGGCCGACCAACUGGUCCGCGGCUCGGUGGUCUUGCCCCACGGCAUCGGCAAAACGCUCCGCGUGGUGGUGUUCGCCAAGGGCGACAAAGCCACCGAAGCCAAAGAAGCCGGUGCCGACGAGGUCGGGGCCGAUGAUUUGGCCAAGAAAAUCAAGGACGGCUGGACUGAGUUCGACGUGUGUAUCGCCUCGCCCGACAUGAUGGGUGUGGUGGGUCCGCUCGGUCGGGUGUUGGGUCCCCGAGGGUUGAUGCCUUCGCCGCGGGCCGGCACCGUUACGCCUGACAUCGCGAAGACGAUCGAAGAGUACAAGGCCGGUAAGGUUGAGUUCCGCAACGACAAAGAUGGCAACGUUCACGGCGUGGUUGGCAAGCUGAGCUUCGAUCAGCAGAAGCUCGCCGAAAACGUCGAGGCCUUCAUCAACUACGUUACGGGCCUGAAGCCGAACACGGUCAAAGGUGCUUACAUUAAGGGAAUCGCCAUCAGCGCCACGAUGAGCCCUGGCGUGCGAGUGGCGGUCGAGGGUGUAGAAGCCAACGCCAACAACCGUCUGCGUACCGAGCUGCAGAACAAGAACAUCAACCUGUUGGUCGUAAAGAACAGCCUCGCAGCUCGGGCCACCGAAGGCACCGCACUGUCGACGGCGUUCGAAGGCCUGUCUGGCCCAGCGGCCAUUGUUUGGGGCGGCGAAGACAUUGUCUCGCUCGCGAAAGAAAUCUCCCGCCUCGCGAAGGACGACCAAUACAAGCCCUUCGAGACGCGUGGUGGCGUCAUGGAUGGUGAAGUCCUUUCGCCCGAGGAUGUGGUGAAGGUAAGUAAAUGGCCCUCGCGUGAGGAGCAGCUCAGUAUUGUGUCUGGGCAAAUUCUCUCGGUUGGGUCCACGUUAUGCGGCCAGCUCGGCAGCGUCGGCGGCGCAUUGGCCAGUCAGAUCCAACAAAAGGCCGAGGGCGAGGAGCUGCCCGCAAGCGAUCCUGCCACCACAGCGGCGACAGUUUUGAGAAAGGAACUAGUAUCCAUGGCGACAGACGCCCCCACCCAAGAGUAUUCGUCGGACACCCAGCAACUGGGCGACAAGAUUGUUGAACUCACUCUGAAGCAAGCCAAAGAGCUGAGCGAUUACCUCGAAAACGUUCACGGCAUCAAGCCUGCCGCGGGCGGAGCCGUGAUGGUGGCUCCCGGCGGUGGCGGUGGUGACGCCGGUGGUGGCGAAGGUGCUGCCGAGAAGACCGAGUUCGACGUCAUUCUGGAAGGCUUUGGCGACAAGAAGAUCGGCGUGAUCAAGGUCGUCCGCGGAGCCACCUCGCUGGGUCUGAAGGAGGCCAAGGAAUUGGUCGAAGGUGCUCCCAGCCCAAUCAAGGAAGGUCUCUCGAAGGAAGAUGCUGAGAAGCUUAAGGCAGAGCUUGAAGAAGCCGGUGCCACGGUCUCGAUUAAGUAG